UAAUAUUGUUGUUAAAUAUCAAAGUUUAAAUAUGUAGAUUUAUAAAUACUAUUAAAAGUAAAUGGCACCAGUUCAAGUAUACAAUAUACCAGUAAUUUCUGCUGAUUUACGUCAGGAAGACUAUAUCUUUCAGUUAGCUGAUACAUUAGAAUAUCUUGAAAAUGUUACAGAAGAUGUUUUUAAGCGAAUUACAGAUAGAGUUGAUAGUUUAAAACAAAAGUUGGAUAAUAUUAAUCAAAGAGCUGGUUUAGCACAAAUUAAAAUUGAUACAUUAAAAGGUAGUCGAAAAGCUAUUAGAGUUUUUUCCAGUGCUAAAUAUCCUGCAGCAGAUACCUUAGAUAUAUACAGAUCAAUUUUUCAUAUUAAUAAUGAUUUAAAUGAAAUUAAAAGAUCAUCCAAUCAGGUAUCCGUGCGCCAUAUUUCAUUUAACGACAAUGCUCUUAAAGAAAAACUUCAGUUUUAUAGUGUGACUACAAAGGUUUUAAAAAAUGAUGAUGAUGAUAAAAAAAGGGAAGGCUUAGGAAAGUUACCUAAAGCACUUGAUUCCGUUAGUUCACUUUUACUGUUAAAUACAUCUGAAAAUCCAUACAAGAAAUAUGUUAUUAUGGAUCCAUUAGCUGGAGCUGUUACUCGCACUCGUAAAAGUUUGGAUGGAGAAGAUGAAGAAAUUGGUGUUGCACCAAGCACAAUAACAAACCCUGAACAUUUGGAGCGUGGUAAUGGUGAUAACUACUUUUAUAUGCCAGGGUUAGGAGCAGUUCCUGAAAUUGAUGUUCCAGUUUAUUUGCCUGACUUACCAGGUGUUGUUGAUGAUAUAUCAUACAGUGGUGAUGUUGGGAAAUCGAUUGCUCCUUCGUUACCAAUGAAUAUUCCUGAACUUCCAAAUGUGUUAAGUGAGGAAAGUAGAGAAACUAUUGAUAUUCCACCUCCACCUUCAGUUACUUUUCCACAAUCUCAAGUUUCAGCACCACCUCCACCGCCACCACCACCACCAUCAUCUAAUGUGUUUAUGCCUGCUCCACCACCACCCCCUCCACCACCACCACCUGCUCCAGUACAAAAAGAUCAACCAGCAAUGCCUCCACCACCACCACCACCGCCUAGCACUCUACCUAAUCAAGAUGCACUGCCAGAAAAUGAUGAUGAUGGUGGAAGAUCUAGUCUCCUUGCAGCUAUUCGAGCUGCUGGUGGUACUGGAAAGACUAAAUUGAAAAGUGUAAAAGAUAGAAAAAUGGCACGAAAAAAAGAAAAGGAAGAAGUACCUGCAACUGGAAAUGGUGGAGAUCUAAUGAGUGAUUUAUUCAGUAAGCUUUCAAUGAGAAGAAAAGGUAUCUCUGGAUCGAAACAGUCAGAUAGUAAACCUACUGAAUCAUAUUCACCUAUGGAAAAGAUAUCAGCAAUGAUUCCAGCUCCUUCUCGCAGUCAUGCAGAAUCCGUUGACAGUGGAGACUGGGAUUAGUGAGAAUUUUGUCCUUUCUUAAUACAUUUUAAAAGAACCCUUCACUAUAAUAAAUUAUGACAAGCAUGAUGUAUAUAUUUGUAAAAGUUUAAUAUUUUUUUAUGUUUAAGAUUUAUUAUUCAUUA